AUGAGCUGGGGUGAUGCUUCAAAGGUGUCUGUCUUGUAUAUUCCCACCAACACUGAUGUUGACAACUAUUGGAAAAAGCAAAGACCUAUAUUCAAGUCUGCCACAGUUGAUUCAGAAUUGUUUUCAAGAUGCUUUGGACACUGCCCUGUAAUUACUGCACAAGGCCGAACACAUCCAGUGACAACAUACUUUCUUGAGGACAUAUAUGAGAGUAUCAAUUAUCGCCUUGCUUCAGAUUCCCCAGCUUCUAUAAGAUAUGAAACAUCUACAAAAGAAAUGCUGCAAAGUGGUCCUGUGAACAACCACAGGGGGAAGAAGAAUCUUGUCUUAUCUGCAUGGGGUGAUGAUUCUAUGCUCUCAGAAGAGUAUAUUAACUCCUAUUAUAUUCCAAGUAGUUAUCAAUCUUUUGGCGAACAAACACAGCAGAAUUUGAAAAGGUUGAAUGAAGAUGUUAUAGACUAUGAUCUUCUUGAAGACUUGGUAUGUCAUGUUGAUGAAACAUGUAGUGAGGAUGCCAUACUCAUUUUUACCUGGAGUGUCAGAAAUCUACAUUUUAUUUGAUAGGUUAGUGGCUUCUUAUCGAUUUGGUGGACCAUCUUCAGAUCCUUGACAUUCAUCUAUAGCAUCAACUGAUCAAAAAAAGGUGUUCUUACGACCUCCUGAUAACAUAUGGAAGGUAGAUUUUGCUUUAUUUUACUCUUGUGGUUAACGAUAAUGAUAUAUACUAUUCUUCAGUGAUUCUCUGUUUGCAACAAACUUCUUAUGUUUUAUUUUUUGGGGAUAAUAUUGUGCUAGUCUGCUUUAAGGAAAUAAAGACUGCAGAUUUUUUU